AUGGGGUUGCAAAUUGCGGGAUCCGAGGUGGUUCGUUCAUCUCCGCCAGUCGUCACGAAAAACGGCGUGGGGACCGCCUUGCUUACACCCUAUUCUUUGAACCAUAUCGACAUCGACGUUAACAAAAAGCUCAAAACCAGCAUCGGUGAAGCAUUGGGUCAUAUUAACGUUUGUCCUAACGGUCGGCAAGCAGUGAUGGUAGCGGGCUCGAAAGUUAAAGAUGCAGAGGAAGAAAUGCGAAGACUACCUCCAUUUGAGAUGACCAUUUGGGACGAAAUAACCUCCUUACGACCUGAACACAUUCUGCCAGUUUGUUUGUUAUUCAUCAUUUUUUUCAUAUUCCUAAUAGCAUGCUUAUGUGACUGCUGGAGAGAAAGAAACAUAGAGGAUUUAUCUCUACCAAAUCCAACCCCCCAUAUCACUGUGACCGACGGAAAGACGGGUGAAGAAAAAAAAGUGCCUGCUCAAAAUUGA